AUGGGGAAAGUGAAUCUCAAACAGAGGCAGCGUAAGAGACAAAGGAGAAAAGUGAAAAGAAAAGGUGCCUUCGAAGAAAAGAAGCAGCAAGCUGUGGAAGAGCUCGAGCAGCACAAGCAGCUCGUAGAGCAGACCCUUCGAGACGAGAAGGAACAGGAAUUGGAGGACUGCCGGACGACCAUCAUGAUCUACGACAGUGAUCUGUCGGAUCCUGCUGACGGACCAACUUCCCUGGGCGCGGGGAGCUUUGGGGUGGUCUACCUGAAGCGACUUAGAGGUGCCAACAACUCCUAUGUGGCAUGUAAGGUGGUAGACAGUGCAGCGAGGAGGGCAGACCUGCGACAGGAGGCAGAUCUCCUGGCUAGGGUGUGCCACAGACACUGGUUUCCCGUCCUCUUUGGAUGGAACCUGGAUGUGGCACAGCCAUUCCUUGUCCAGGAGUUUGUCUCCUGUCCAGCAGGUACCAGAACUGCCCUCACCCUGACGAGUGCCAUGAAGCACCCAGCAGAGCCCCUGCUGCUCAAGACGUUGGAUUUCGUCCUGAUCCUGACGGAGGUGGCCCGAGGCCUGGUCUACCUGCAUGGGGCAAGGAUUCUACACAAUGAUUUGAAACAUGACAACGUCAUGGUGACAACAAGAGACAAGCGGAUUAUUGCCAAAAUCAUUGAUUUUGGCAGUGCCUGCCAUGCUGAACAGCCUGCGAAGUUCCAUGUGCCCACCGGCAUGUCAACACACAUUGCCCCGGAGGUGGCAAAUGGGGGUGCAGUGACCAGGCUGUCUAAUAUCUACAGCUAUGGCAGACUGGUGCAGGACGUGGAGGCAGUGAUGAAGACCGGCUACCCCUGCAUGAACCAGAUCGCCACUGCCUGCUUCAGCCCUGCUCGUGCCGACGACAGGCCAGACAUUGAGCCUAUCAUCAGGCUACUGGAGACUGCAGGGCACUAG